AUUUUCUUAGAAAAAUCAUAUGCCCCAUCCCUCUACAUGCUUAACUAAAACAUGAGUAGGUGUAAGAUAUCAUUUAAUGCAAAAUCUUAAAAUGGCAACAUAACAUCAUUAAAUUCAACACCUAAUGUCUCUGCCUCUCCUUAAAAAACCCAAUCUUGUCACAGUUUUCUUGUUGUCUCUGUCUUUGUGGGUAAGCUUGCACAUCAAUGGACCAACAAGAUCAAUUGUUGAUAGUUCAUGAUAAUAAUAGUGAAGAUGAAGAAGUUGAAGAUUUUGCUUUGAAAAGAACACUGCCACAUGUCAACAACAACAACCUUGUUGCAGAUGUGGUUGGCAAUGGUUUUAAUGGUCAUAGCAAUGGAGAUUCAACAAUUGUUGACACCAACCCAGAUGGAUUUUCUUUGCAUAAAGAGGAUGAAGUUGAAGAGAAUGGAAUUGUUGGUGAAUAUAACAGUGAUGAUGGUAAAGAAGAUUUUGAAGUAGCUGAGUUUGUAGAAGAACCAACAAAUGGAGAAGCCAUAACUAGUGCUACUGUUGAUGCUGAUAUAUUUCACAAUAAUAAUAACAAAAGUGUUCACUUCGACAACCAACAAGGAGUGUGGAAAUGUCACCAUUGCACAUGGACCAAGCGAUUUGACAAUCCUUUGAUUCAACAUGGACCUUGUUUUGUUUGGUAUACAAAAGGCAAUGAAGUUAAUGGACUUAAUGAAGUUCAAAAUGGUGAUGUUACCAUGUCCAAGGAGAGUAAAUUUGAUGAACAAGUGGAAAAGUCAUCUACUCUUAAUAGUGUAUCCGGCGAAGUCGGCAACCGAUGUAUGACAACCGAGGAUGACAAAGUUCCUUCGGAUUCGGAAUUAUCUGCUUUACAUAAUUCACCAGAGAUACAAGCUGCUACACCUGCUGUCAAUUUUCAUGAAGAAACUAAAAAUGAAAGUAAUAACUUGAUAAAAGAAAUUGAGCAGCAAGAAGAGAAAGAGUUUGAUGUUGAGUUAAUAUUGUCAAAACAAGACACACAUGAUUUGUUCUGUCCUAAUUGCAAAUCUUGCAUUACUAAAAGGGUUAUCCUCAAGAAAAGAAAAAGGAAUGUUCAUGUGUUAGACAACAAAGCAAAACGCGAUAAGUUUGACAAUGUGAUUAAUAGUACUAUUACAAAUGAAGUCAAUCAAAGUGAUUAUGAAAAUGUUACAUCAGAAAUUAUUACUUUGGAUCCAUCUCCUCCUCUUGCUGCUGAUGAUGUUGAUGUUUAUGAUCAUCCUGAGAAAGAAGUAGAAGUAUUCAGAUGUUUAUCAUGUCUUAGCAUCUUUAUUCCUAGUGGAAAAGGUUUCAAUCUGUUCCGCAAUUUCGGUGGUGGCAGCAAGCAUGAAACUUCACAAAAUUCUUCAAGUAUAACUGCAAGCAGUAUGCAAAAUCCUUCAAAUACACAAGGCUCCAAUGCAAAUUGGUUCAUCUCUUUAUUUACUUCAAAUAAGAGAAAAACAGCUACUGAGCAAGCAGGUGAUCCUUCUGAACAGCAUCAGUCAACGAUUACUUCAACUGUACUGUCCACCCCUGAUAUUCAUGAACCACAAGGCCCACUUGCUAAUGCAGCUCAAACUGAGAAUGCAAAACCGCUGCCAGACAUUAAUCAUGGACAUGAGAGGAUGAAUUCUCCAAUUUCUUCAAAUGGGGGACAGAAUGUUGAGCAUGAUUUCAUUGAGUUUUUAGCAAAAGAACAGUCACUGACCGAGAAACCGAGGACCGAUGACGGAGAGAAAAAUAAGACUUCAGUGCAUACAGUAAAGACAAAUAAUGUUGAAGUUACGUCCUCAAUGAACUUUUCUAAUGGGACGGUAUCCGAGUACAAGAGUGUUAAAUCAGUAACUACUUCAUCUAGUGAGACACAUGUUAACUCUACAGAAACUACAAAAGGCACCGUUCCAAAUCAUUAUGGGAAGAAACCUGAAUUUCUUGUUCCUACAAGCACAACUGUAGGGUCUCUAAUCAUUGUGAAUUCGUCGAAAGAUGCAAACAAGACCCCCAAAACUGUUAAGAAUAAUGAUUCAUCUUUGAUGCAAGGAGGAGCACAAUCACCAGUUCAAUCAUUUGACAGCACAGUACUUGCAAAUAAUGUAACUAAUAUCAACCAAAGUUCUGUAAUAGAUGCUACAUUUCCAUCGAAAACGGAUAUUACACUGAUUGAGAAAGUACGACAGGAUAUCGAUGAGGAGAUAAAUCGUUUCGUUACAAAAGAAAAUAAAGGUGAUGUGAUUGUUGUUGUUGAUGGAGAAGAAAUUGAAUCCACAAGAUUGCAGAGAGAAGAUAACGUUCCAGUGGAUGUUGAUAUUGUGACAGAAUCACAAACUCUAGUAGUUAUUGAUGAAGAACCUCAAAAAAGGGAAAUAAUUAAAAGCAUUGUGUAUGGUGGUUUAGUUGAGUCAAUAACAAGUCUAGGAAUUGUGUCAUCUGCAGCUAGUUCUGGUGCUACACCAUUGAAUAUUAUUGUAUUGGGAUUUGCAAAUCUGAUUGGUGGACUUUUCAUCCUUGGUCAUAAUCUUAAAGACUUGAAAAAUGAUCACACUGGAGAGCAACAACUGCAAACAAAUGUGCAAGAUCGGUAUCAAGAACUACUAGGACGCAGAUCAAACUUCGUUUUUCACGCAGUCAUAGCUCUUUUUUCAUUCCUAAUAUUCGGUUCUGUCCCGCUUGUCAUCUACGGCGUCUUGAUUAACAAGAACUACUAUGAUGAAGUUAAGCUUGCAAUAGUUGCAGCAACUUCUGUUGUAUGCAUUAUUCUGCUUGCUAUUGGGAAAGUGUACACUAGAAGGCCUCCUAAAUCCUACAUCAAAACUGUAUUAUACUAUGUUGCAAUAGCACUAGUAGCAUCAGGAAUAUCUUACAUAGCCGGCAAGCUCAUCGAGGAUCUUAUCGCGAAACUCGGCCGCUCGGAGUCAGGUUUUUCUACCACCAUGCCUAUUUCAGACACAAGUAUGGAAAAAACAUGGAUGUCUUACUGAAAAAGUUGAGAGAGUAGGAACUUUAGAAGAAGCUUGAGGUUUUCAGAGGGAUCUUCAUAGGUGCCUUAUAGUUGUUGCAAUCCAUUAAUAUUAGUUAGGAUAUUUUAAUAUGUUAGUUGUUAUUUUAAAUUUCUAUGUUCUUAGUAUUUUUCUUAGGAUGUUUUGAAAUUAUGUCACGUGAAUGGAUAGGAUCUAUUUAGAAUAGUAUAUAUAAGUAUAAUGUCUUUUUUUUUUUUUUUUU